UCCUACGUCCUUGUUUCGCUUGUGAAAACAGUUCAGGCUCGUGCCUCAGAAACUCCGUGUGGACUGGGGAAUGGUUACGAAUAUUAUAAAGAAGAAGAAGCUUUGGAAAAUCGCCUAAUGUAAAAUUACAUCAAAAUGAACGCAGUACUAGCAUCUAUAAUGUUCACUCUGUUCCUGGAAUCAUAAAGGAGUAUUAAAAUAAAUAAAUAAAUAAAACCAGGUCGAGAAGAUGCAGAGAACAACCACGCAGAGAAUCCAGGAGAAACAGAAAACAAUAGAGGAGCUGAAACAGGUUGUGAACACACUGAAGCACUCUGCUCAGACAGCGGUGGAGCACAGUGAGAAGAUCUUCACUGAGCUCAUCCUCUCUAUCAAGAGAAGACAGCAUGAGGUGACCCAGCUGAUCAGAGAUCAGGAGAGGACUGAAGUGAGUCGAGCUGAAGGACUCCUGGAGCAGCUGGAGCAGGAGAUCACUGACCUCCAGAGGACAGACACAGAGCUGGAUCAACAUCCACACACAGAGCAACAUUUUCCUUUUAAGAAACUCUCUGAUUCUUCUGAAUAUGAUCAGUCAUCCAGUAUGACUGUUAAUCAUAUUCUGUUUGAUGGACUGAGGAAAUCUCUGUCUGAUUUAAAACAACAUUUUGAAGAUUUUUGUCAGGAGGAGAUCAGUAAUAUCAUCUCUGUUGUGGCAAGAAUUCAGAUUUUACCAUUAACCAGAAUCAGGAAUCACUUUAAACAAUAUUUUUGUAGCUUUACCCUUGAUCCCAACACAGUGGUUGAAGACCUCGUCCUCUCUGAGAACAACAGACAGAUGACAUAUACUGGGCAUUUAGGGAUUUAUAAGUUCCCCUGCAAGGUGUUUUGCAAGGAGAGUGUGUUUGGACGCUGCUAUUGGGAGGUGGAGUGGAGCGGGAGAUGUGUGCAUAUAUCAGUCUCGUAUAAAGAAAUGAGUGGCAGAGGAAAGGGAUUAGUUGGUACGUUUGGAAACAACAACACAUCUUGGAGUCUGCAGUGUUUUCCCAAGCCUGUUUUCUGGCAUAAGAGCAGUAAAACAGAGAUCUCAAGACCUCUGUCCUCUAGGGUAGGUGUGUUUGUGGACUACAGUGCAGGGACUCUGUCUUUCUACAGUGUCUCUGAUACAGUGACCCUCUUACACCGCGUCCAGACCACAUUCACUCAACCCCUGUAUCCUGGAUUUUGGUUCAGCGCAUUAGGUUCUGGAGAUCUGCUUAAUCUAGACAACUCUGGGUCAAACACCAGUGUGUUCUCCUCAGUGAAACUAUGUGAUCCAUAAACCAGUUUUGUGUUCCCCUUAUUUAA